AUGAAACAAGUAAAGCCAGUUGAACUGGAUGGCCGGACCGGAGAAGGAGGAGGCCAAGUGGUCCGGAUUGCGGCGGCCCUCUCGUCCGUCACAUCUCAGCCAUUCCGCAUUGUUCACGUCAGAGGCAACCGCGCAGGCCCUCGCGGGGGAGGCCUGAAGUCACAGCAUGUCACCUCACUUGCGUGGCUCGCCAAGGUCACCCAGGCCGAUCACGACGGCCUCUCCGUCGGGAGCAGCACAAUCGACUUCCGGCCGCGGCUCCGGCCAUGCGACCUGAAAGACCGCAAGAUCAGCAUUUCUGCAGACUCGGGCGCCGCCAGCACGCUGCUCAUCUUCCAGGCCAUCUUCCCGUUCCUACUCUUCGCAGGGAACGACGAGGGCGAGCCGAUCGAGGUGGACAUCAGCGGGGGCACCAAUGUGUCCUUCUCCCUGAGUUACGAGUAUCUCGACCAGGUUCUCAUGCCGGUGCUUGAGGACCAGUUCGGCAUCCGCGUGGAGAGGCGUCUGCUGAAGCGCGGGUUCUCCCAAGGCCCGCAGACGAGAGGCCACGUCUGGUUCAAGAUCCACCCUCUGCGGCCGGGACAGAUGCUCAAGCUACGAGACCCGGCGCCGAAGGCCGUGCCGACAUCUAAGGAUUUUGAGAUCAAGACCGUCGACAUAUCCAUCAUCACGCCGAGCGACAUGCACACGCAUCUGACGGCCCAGCUGGCGGAUCGGCUCGGCGCGCUGUUCCCCGACGCCGAGCUCAGCUUCGUGGCGCUCGAGGAGAGCGGCCACGACUCGCGCAUGUACGUCCUCUGCGUGGCCAAGUCGUCGGGCGGCCUGCGCUGGGGCCGGGACGUCCUGUGGGACGGCCCGCGGAAGAAGAUGUCGAGAACAGCGCUCGGUGAGGCGAUCGCCCGGAGGGUGACGCGGGACCUGGCACGGGAGGUCGACCUACGGGGCACGGUAGACGAGUUCCUGCAGGACCAGCUUGUGGUCUUCCAGGCUCUUGCAGACGGAAGGACCAGUUUCGUACGAAAUGAGGAUGGUGAGUCGCUGGAGGAAGAUGUUGAGGGGCUUCAUCUGGGAGAUGGGCCGAGCGAGAGGUUGAGAAGAGACAAAGGGCUCGAUCCCUUUGGUGAAGGAAGCACUCACACUACCACCGCACGAUGGGUUACGACAGAGAUGCUGCCUCACGUCAAGUGGUUUAACAAGGGCAGGAUUUGCGAGGGCAUCGGUUUAUCGCUAUCAAGCAGGGACGAAGAAGCAACAUAA